UCGUAAUAGCUGUCAUAUAAGAAAGAAUUAAUUAAUAAUGCUCGAUUUUUUUAGCUUGCUACUAAAUUACGAUAAAUUUCUUCGAAUACCAAAAAUCUUAAGCCCGUACUCAGAAUAAAAACAGAACUUUCAAACUUUUCGGUAAAAAAUAACGUAUCUAAAAGUAUAACCUGAGUUGCUGUUGCAAAUACGAAGAAAUACAGAAGUGUAUCAAUGAAUGGCGUUUGGUACGCCAUUCCGAGCCGUUUUACGCGAGUUGAACUUAUAUGGGAAAUACGACGACAAAGGCAGCCGUAACUGGAGAUUGAUCGAGCGCACUUUACGGCACGUGGUGCAUCGCUCGCGGGCGCGGGCAAAGUUCGUCGGGGUGACAGCGAUCGGUGCAAUGCGAGGAACUUGAGACUCGGACACGGCGACGAUCGGGUGUGGAGCGAACUUACGUACGGGGAACGCGCGGUUUUCAGAGCGACGAUCAUGAGCUACAACGUGAUGCCGCUGAAGAAGCACGCGGAAAUCACUUACCGCGUGAAAUGCGUCGCGGUGGAAAACGAACGGGUGUUCGGCGAUAUCUACGUUGCUCAGCAGACGCAGGAUCUCCGCGUUUACCGGCCGGAGGGCUAUCCCUUUCCGUCGCGAUGCAGGAAGCAAAGGCGGAACCUGAUACAGCAGACUCUGAACGGGCCGGAUUUUAUGGAACUGAACAGUAAACGAUCGACCGGGAGCGCCGGUGUCGCGUGCUCGCGCUGGCAAAAGCGCUCCAAGUCGAUGGGAGAUGAGCCGAGCGUGAUCGCAUUUAAUUACAAAAAUGUCGAGAAUUAUGAUGCAGCGAUCAAAAGGCCUAAGGUAUAUCCGCCACCUCUACGCUAUUUGCCGCAGCAGAAAGAAAUCAUGAUUACCUCUUUGGUAGAUCAACUGUUGCUAGAUAUUUACGGUAUACCGAUGUGCGACAGGGGACGCUCGGAAAGCGAUUCUACAGCAUCAUCCUUGAAAGCCCGGCCGCAACAUCAAUAUCUGCAGAAAACUCGUUUGCUUUUGAAAAAAACGGAUGAACUGCAGAUCCUGCUUAUGAAUCUACAGGACCACAUCAUUCACACGGGGAGUCUGCUUAUACGUCAGCUGCGCCGAAAGGAUUAUCUCACUGCCAAAUGUGAUAAACAGUGCGAUAUUAUCACGGCCUAUCUACAAGCACACAGCGCGAAAAGAAUCGAAGAUACAAAAAUGAGGUUCAGUUUGACUCCGCAACCGGGGGAAAGUGGUUUUAUACAAUGGUUGGACGCGAUGAAAAUGGUUGCCAAAUUACAAGGAGGGAUACCACCGGAAUUUCGAAAAAGAUUGUGGUUAACGUUGGCGGAACGUCAUCUGGAACAACGCGGCGUAGACUGGAAGCAGGCCGAGAAGGUCUGUUUCAACGAGUGGAGUAAUCCUGACGACGAAGAACUCGGCAUACAAAUCGUAAAAGACCUGCACAGGACAGGCUGCAGCCUGUUCUGCGGUGCUGCUGGCCGGGACAAUCAGGCGGUGCUUCGUCGAGUAUUACUCGGUUUCGCUCGCUGGAACAAGUCCGUGGGCUACUGCCAGGGCCUGAAUGUUCUGGCCGCCCUCGUCUUGCAAGUAAUGGACCGCGCGGAGUCCUCGGCUGUGAAGGUGAUGAUAUACUUAAUAGAGGGUGUACUACCGGAGGGCUACUUCGCCGAUAAUCUGCGGGGCCUCUCCGUGGACAUGGCGGUGUUUCGGGAUCUUUUGCGUUCGAGGCUCCCGAAAUUGUCCAAGCACCUCGAGGCGCUCCAGACCGACGCGAAGGAUAAAGCGACGGGAAGUAGCUACGAACCGCCGCUCACGAAUGUGUUCACCAUGCAAUGGUUCCUUACACUUUUCUGCCACUGCUUACCGCAGGAAGCGGUGCUCCGUGUCUGGGAUCUGAUAUUUCUCGAAGGUGACGAAGUACUCCUUAGAACGGCACUCGCUAUCUGGGAAGGCCUCUCAGAUCGCAUAAUGACCGUUACAUCGGCGGACGAGUUCUACAGCAUAAUGGGAGUCCUCACGAGAGAAAUGCUAGAAUUCACCGAUACAAACAAUCUCAUAAAGAACAUUGUUAGUAUGGGACCCUUACAUGGUGUGACAAGUUUGAGAGAGAAGCAUCGAUAUAAUAUCACCCCGUGGGCGCGCAAGCUGAGUGACGACGAUGACAGCGAAACGGAAGAGGAUGAGAGAUUGGCUGUAGCGGCUGCCAUGUUCAGUAUGGCUCAACGUAUAAAAAAAGAUCGCAUACCUUCGACAAUAGGAGCGUUACAAGCGAUGGCACCCAGUAGCGAUCGAGAACGCCUUGCUUUAGAUAUUAGUACACUGAAGCAGCAAUAUGCAAAACUGCGGGAACGGCAACGGCAAGCGCAUAUAAUACUUUCUGCCGCGUGUGCGCGACAGACCAUGGUACCUACGCCCACUUCCACAGCCAUGAAUCAUCUGUUAGUGGGUAAAAAUGCACUUGUAAGUGUAAAGAAUCGACCAUUAAGUUUGCCGUCUGCCACUGCCACAUCGAAAUUACGGCCGGCAGCCCUUCACAGCCCAAAAAGUCGUAGGGACAGACAAGGUGUUACGCUUCACUGGAAAGACGCAAAAAGGCCGAAACAAAGGGCUGGCGACGCUGGUGAUGCCGACGCCUUCGGUACGUUUUUACAGUCGCCUCCGGAAACGUCCUCUGUAACGUCGCCCGGCCGCGGUACCGCUGACAGUGACAGUGACAGCACAUCGACGGAGCUGUGCGACGAGCCGGAUCGUCUGAGCGACGUCGAUAGCGAGGAACUUACGUCAGCGUCCGACUCCUACGUCAUGGCGACGGACGAUGAGAAGCAUGCUUACGAGGGUUCGUCGACCUCGGCGAGUACACCUGCGCGCACGUACAUCAAGACCGAGCCGAUGAUGAUAGUCGAGGGGCCGCCGCAGACGGAUACGAUUUUCGGAAUCGAGCGCGACAACAAGUCUCCGUCCCUGUCCGAGAUUUCGUUCGCCAAGAUCACCGAUCAAAUACGGAGGCUCUCGGCGGAAGAUGACAAUAAUACGACGACAGUCUCUCAAAUACCGAGCGCGCGCGACAAUGACGAGCGGUCGAUGUGCGAUUAUCCGGUCGAGAGAUCGCAGACGAGAGAUCGAACUACGGAAUCGAAGUUGCAGGAUUACACGUCGUGCGAAGACGCGCCAAGAUCGUCGAAGACUGUGAACAGCUACGAUUAUUUAAGCCUUAAAUCUAAUCUCGUCGAGAGGACGGAUGAUAUCCUGGCGCAUAGAACGGAUCGAUUGAGAGAUAUAGGGGAGAAAAAAGAAAUCAUUCGAGCUAGCGGUAACGAUAGUACAGGCCUUAAGACGGACGUAAUGGAAACCACUACGAAUAUACUACGGGAUAGUUUCAGAGAACAAACGAGUAUCACUUUAGAUAAGACUUACGAUAAAUUUAGCACGCUUUUAGAGACGAACGACAAGCCUUUCGAAUCCUCCUUAAGAUAUUCCAGCAAGGUUCAUUUGAAUUCAAAAGACGAUGAUGAUUCGAACGAAACGGAUCUCGCGAGUAGCAGAACGACUCUCGAAUCCUCCUUAAGAUAUUCCAGCAAGAUUCAUUUGGAUUCAAAAGACGAUGAUGAUUCAAACGAAACGGAUCUCGCGAGUAGCAGAGCGACUCUGGAUGUCGCAACAGAGUCGCGAUCUUUUUAUUCCAAGAGAUACGUUGUAGGCCACCUUCCAAUUUCCCCGGUGACAAUGGAUGACAAAUUGACGAAACUGUCGCACGAUAUAUAUAACGUCGCGACGAAUCCGGAAACGACGAGUCCUGAAAGGACUUUAAAGAGAGACACUUUCAGCGACAGGCAACCCGUGAUGCGAACGAAGUCGUAUUCCAGUUUUAAAAAAAGCCCGAAAUCUCCGGAGAGCACGAAGUCGUUCAGCUCGGGAGAGACGAUGGGUCCCGAUUCGAAGCCCUCCAGUCUGACAGUGAGUCCGAGGACGCCGGUCAGAACGGACUCCCGUGACUUCACAAUGGACAAAUCGGCUUGCUCGUCCAUCAGCUCGGAUUCCAAAACUCUCGUUCUCCAUUCCGUGGGCUCGGACACCGUGCUCGACGACUCGCGGUCGAUCACGAAGAAGACGUCGUAUGAGAGAUCGAACCCGUCGACCCCGAUCAGCGCGGACUCUUUGAGAAAUAAGUCCGAAACGAGCCCGAAAUUGGUGAUCAGCAGCUCCAGCGAUUCGUGCAGCCCGGGCAAAGUUAAGUCUUCCGAGAGGUCGUUCAGUUCCGAUCUGCAAUCGCCCGUAAGUGCCAACUCCAUAAGAUAUACCUCGAACUACGGGAAACGAAACCACGACAACGUGUCGGAUUCGCCGAUCGACCUGAGCGCCGCGACCUCGCCGUUUUAUCCUAUCGCGAAUCCUAAUCAGAAGACACCCUCGCCGUAUAACGGUGUAGGCAAACAGAGAUGCAGCGCAGACAGCGCCGAAACUUCGCCCGAUCCGAAAUCGAUCGGCUCGAAGGACUCGACCAAGUACUCGGGGGGGUAUCAGACGAAACUCGAUCCCUCGGCAAAGUCGAUCGAGAGUAAGGAAAACGAGGGAAUCUCCGAGAGAAGCGAUUUGUAUGUUAGACCGCAAUUCGCGUUGAAUACAGAACUGAAGGUGAGUUAUACGCAGAAGAGCAAAGCUGAUUUGAGCUCUUACGAAUCGAUCGGCGGUGAAUCCUAUCGGAGGAGCGGAGACUUUGCUGAUGACAAUGCGGACGAUCCGCUCUCUGAAAAGGACGUGGUGCCUCAAUUGCCGCACGAGAAGCUCGACAAGCAUUAUCUGAAUUACAAUUAUAGACGUAGAGACCGAUCGAGAUUGACUGAGAGGAGUUCCAGCAGUCUUGAGAAAAGAUGCACCGAUUUAAAAUCCUCGGUUUCGACGGAUGAAUUUAGCAUGGCAAAGAAGAGAUGCAGCGAUAUUCUCGAGGACAUGAAGCACCUGGAAGCGAAGGCUCUCAUCGAUGGCUCGCCCGAGACUAGCAUGCUAACGAAAAAGUCGAGCGAUAUCUGGGAAGACAUGAAAAACUUGGAGGCAAGACGACAGGAUACCUUCAGCAAUUCGGCGAGCGGCUUCUCGAAGCGGCGAUUAGAGAUCCCAGACAUAAACAUAACGAGCGAGAAUAGGAAAUCUUACGUAGUGUAUCCUAAGAUCAACAUCGAUGAGAACAGCGACAGUAUAUUGAAGAGUAUAGCUUGCAAUAAAGAUAAUAUCGAUACAGACGACGGUAGGGAAUCCAAGGUGGGCGUAUGGACGAAAGUGAAGCCACGAAAGAAAGGCGACAACGGGCGCAGGAGUAGCGACCGGGCGUUAAAAAUUAUACAGGAAAAUUCGGCCAUAUUGCACAAGAUUCUAGCGUGCCAGGCGAAGAAACGUCUGCCGGAUCUGGAGGAAAUAUCCAAGGAGAUCACCAUCAGUCCGAUAAACGAGGAAAUUUCCAAGAUUUUCAGCCCGAUUCUCGAGAAAAUGGGUCUGAACGAGCACGAGAUAAAUGAGGAAUUGGCGCGAAUAAAUUUCAAGGACUUCGAUAAUAUGACCGCUACCAGCGUUUCGGAAUUCGACGCGAAGAUCAAUGAAGAAUUAACGAAACUGUCUCUCAUCGACGACACGGAGCAAAUUGAUCAUUUAGACGUGGACGAGAUCAUAGCGAACGAAUAUCUGGACACUCGGGAGGCGCUCAUAGAUCACAAGAUAAACGAGGAACUCUCCAAGCUGCUGGCGAACUAUGAGGAGGACUCGCCACCGAGUAUAAUUAAUGUGGAAAAAGGCUCGUCGAGUCAGAACAUAAGCGAUACGGACGGUCUCGAUCUUACCAGCAUUUCAACGAACGUAUUUUCCUACAAAUCCUCCAACGAUUCCAUCGAGAUCAGAAACGACUUGGAAGCUGCGCACGAUGUCGCAAUUCAACCGGAAAAGUUUCCGUUCGCGACGUUGAAAUACGAGCAGAGCAUGUCGCCCAAGAGCGACAUAGACAUCUACAGAGAGCUACAGAGGCUCGACAAAAUCUCGUACGCGCAAAUGCUGUCGGACACGAAUCUAGAAAUACCGCCGAAACGACUGUCCCCCAUUACGUACAUUUCAGACGCUUCCACUUAUCCGGAAGCUCCCACCGUGACGAGGUACGUGCCGAAGACGAGCCAAUUCGAUAUCACGCCGUUGAAGAGUAUCUACGAGCCUUACAAGAGCUACGACAUUCCGGAGAGGCUGUCCCCACGGGAGAGUCCUUACGCUGCUUACGACAAACCGAGCGAGCUCACGUUUGAGUACACGGAACCAAAAUCGAGGAUCUCUAUCGAUCCCUACGACCUGCAUUUGAAAAGUCCGAUAUUGUCGAAAGAAUCCUUGGAGUUUCGCGUGAAGUACGACGAGGAAUUGCCGAGGCCGAUCAGCGGCGAAUACGCGACCGUUCAGGACGGCAGAUCGGCGGUUUCCUUGAACACGGGAAGUCCUUACUACGGCAAGGAUAACAGCGAAGCAAUUACGCCGACGAAAUAUAUCAGCAGCGAAGAGAAGUGCUUGGACUAUUGCAGCGACGCGGAUCUUCAGCAUCACAAGUACAGUACUUUGUCACCGCAGGACUAUUCUCACGUCAGAAGUAUCGAUUACGACAAGCCCUUGAGCACGUUGUCACACGUGAUGGUGGAACCCGAGACGGAUAUCGGUUCGUAUCUAUCGACAAGGCAUCGCGACUACAGCGCGCUGUCGCCCAGUCGUCAAUACAGAGAUGAGUACUUCUCCUCCAGUCCGAAUCAUUACACUCCGAAGCUCUCCCCAAUUCUGACGGAAGAAACGCGAAAGCCUGCCGUCUCGCAUCCAGAAUCGCCGGGCAAAAUAACCGUCGAGUACGGAGAUUUGAUCGACAAAGGGUCGAACUGUUAUAAGAAAUCGACGCUGAGCCUCGGUAACAUGGAGAACACGAACAAAGACGACGAAAACGUUGACACCACUCCGAGUCCGAAGGCGCACUUCAGUCCUUUCCCCGUUAGAAAUAAUACUAGGAAGCCCAAAGAACUGACGCUGAAGCUGGGUCUGUACUCGUCGAAGAACUCUGACUUCGGCCAAAUGAAGAAAUCAUAGUGCUCAGUAAAUUGUCGAAGCGAUGAAGCUUUUGACCUACACGGAAGUUCGCACGUAAGCUGGUUCACCGUUACAAAAAAAGAUACCUAUGUUCGUUAGUCAAUCGUUUCGAUAGAUAUUUAUAUUUUACGCGCAAUAAGGCGCGUAAUUCGAUGCGUUUUAAAGAGUUCCCGUGUAUUAUCGAUUUUCCGAAUUUAACAAAGUGGGCCUAAAUUGUCGCCUAAGCAUUUCUUAAAUCGUUAAACGCUCGACACUAUUAGACAAAUUGUACGACGUAAGCUUAAUUAGUAAUAAACGUGGAUGUAGCUUUUAAGAUAAUAACUAGAAA